UAUUAUUUCACUGUUAUCUUUAUAUUUGCUAGGCAUCAGUGGAAAAGAGCAUUUCUAGUAUAUAUAAAAAUCCAUAAUAUUCUGCUUCAUAAAGCAAUGUCUUCUCCAGCUUGUUGUGAUCAUUAUAUUGAACAGAGCCUAUUGACAACUGAUGAGCAAGGAUACACUGCUCUUCAUCAUGCAGUAAUGGCAAAUGAUCUUGCAACUUUGAAGAGACUUCUGACAUAUGCAGAUGAAAGGUAUGUCAAUAUGGAGAGCCAUGAUCAGUCCACUGCGCUCCUUCUGCUCUGUAAAAGAUUCACUCCUGAGUCACAGACUGGCCUGCAAACUGAGGAAGAAAUUCUGGUGUGCCUCCUAGCUGCUGGUGCAAAUCCUAACCUGCCUCACCCUGAUCCAGUUUCCUUACCUCUAUUGUGUGCGUUGGAGAGGUGUUGGUGGCGGGGUGCAGAGCUGCUGCUGGAUGCGGGUGCUGAUGCUACUGCCACUGAUUUAGAGCACGACCACAGACAAGCUACUUUCUUUGCUAAGGACAAUAUUGAAAUGCUUGCAAGACUUCUUAGAUGUGGCUGUUCCUAUGAAGACAUCAGCGACUGGAUUGCAGAUGGAGAAUUUACCGAGUGCACGAGUUGGGAAUAGAGAUUGUCACAGGAAGUCUUCUGUACGAGACUUCAAUUUAUAAUAAGGACCAUGACUGCUCAUAUUACCUGUUGAAUAAUUUUGUUAUAUUGGACAUCAACCUACGCGAAUUCUUCCAGAGGAUUUUUAACUCUCAUGAAAUUACUGACUGGAAUGUUAAGAUGAAGUACAUGAAUGUCCUGACAAACUACAUCUUCCGAGAUCAAGUGGGAAUGUUGUUCAAAAAGAAAAAAGAAUUGUUGUUCGACCUUUUCCUGCCAUGUUUCCUAUACUGCGCGGUGGGAGGUUCACAAUGUGCUGGUCAGUGCGGUUGGAACGGGUCGCCCAAAACCGAAAGUUCUUCAGAAAUACAGCUUGAAUUGCUGAAACCUCUUCUCGCACUGGCGGAGCACAAUGGUCUGCCUAUUGAGACGUGGCAAUUUAGCCAGCAUAUCUACAGACAGUUUACGGAGUAUUUAGAUCCUGCGCACGAGGAAAGCGGUCUGACCGCGCUCAAUGUCCUGCUCUACCUGACAGAUUUGUGCAGCAUUCCACUUAUUUUGAAGUUGCUGCCAUAUUUCGAAAAUAGAGGUUUUCAGCUAACAGCAGCAUCUGUUGUAGCGUUCGUGUCGAAUGUAUGCAUUCUAGAGCGCUUCGAGAGAGCGUUCAAUAGAUCCGAUAACACAGCUAAUCUGCACAUGGUCGAGUCUCCAUAUCGAGUUUUGCUGUCUAAAGUCACGAGAAACUGCUGCCGGGACGGCCAGUGUUGGUUCAGGUCUUCAGUGCUGACGAGUCUUUGUAGGGGCGUAAUUGACUGGGGAUUUCACGCUCCAUCUCUCCUGCUGUUACACUUGGGAGUGCAUGACUUCACGCAGUACGAAGAUUUGGUGGUGGGUUUGACCGGUGAUGCCCCACCCGCACCCACCCUCUUACCCUGGGUUCAUCGGUACGCACCAAGGGGUUACAUCAAGUCGAAGCAGUUGCCACGGCAUCCUGAAGUUUGUUCAAUUUUUCCAUCGCCAGCGCCGGUAAGGUCUCUGCAAGAGCUCUGUCGCCUCUCUAUCCGCGCGGCUCUCGGCCACUGCAGGAUUGAAGAAAAAACUGAAGGCUUACGUGGUCUGUUGCCUGACUCUCUCAGGGAAUAUCUUUAUUUCCACAACGAUAUUUUCAUCUUUCCUGCGCCCAAUAAUUGAUUGACUCCUGUCAGCUCUUUGUUUUAACCCUUGCGCUACCACUCCACGGCUCGUCUCAACCCUUGCGUUACCACUCCACGGCUCGUCUCAGCCCUUGCGUUACCACUCCACGGCUCGUCUCAGCCCUUGCGUUACCACUCCACGGCUCGUCUCAGCCCUUGCGUUACCACUUCACGGCUCGUCUCUACCCUCGCGUUACCACUUCACGGCUCGUCUCAACCCUUGCGUUACCACUUCACGGCUCGUCUCAACCCUUGAACUACCACUUGACCGCUAGUUUCAACCCUUGAGCUACCACUAGACGGCUAGUCUCAACUCUUGAGCUACCACUUCACGGCUCGUCUCAACCCUUGAGCUACCACAUCACGGCUCGUCUCAACCCUUGAGCUACCACUUCACGGCUCGUCUCAACCCUUGAACUACCACUUCACGGCUCGUCUCAACCCUUGAACUACCACUUCACGGCUCGUCUCAACCCUUGAACUACCACUUCACGGCUCGUCUCAACCCCUGAACUACCACUUCACGGCUCGUCUCAACCCUUGAACUACCACAUCAUGGCUCGUCUCAACCCUUGAACCACCACAUCAUGGCUCGUCUCAACCCUUGAACCACCACAUCAUGGCUCGUCUCAACUCUUGAGCUACCACUUGACCGCUAGUCUCAACUCUUGAGAUACGGUACCACCUAACCAGCUUGUCAACGCUUGUGAUACCACCUAACCGGCUUGUCAACAUUGUCUACUUGAUACUCUUGACGUGUGCAACAUUGACCUGUUGCAAACGCCUUGCAUUCUAAAGUCACAUAACUUAAUUGACUGGAAAAUUUUAGGUGCUGAAUAAUUUUCGGCAUCCAAUGUACUGUCGAUUUGGUGUCAUUAUUGGUUAAACGUGUCAUUAUUGAAGUAUGAGCGAAAUUUUGCGAGCUUCUUUUCAAAAAAAGUGGACUAAGUUAAUUCGAUUGUGCAGCAAUAAGUUGCCCAAAAUGUUUCAUUUCUGCCGUGUACGCUUAAUGGUGUGUCUGUGAUAGUUACUGAAUAAGUUCUAAUACAGUUAAAUUUUGAUUGA